AUGGCUGAUGAUUUAUCUUCACGUUGGAAAAACCUUAAUAUAUCCCCUGAAGAAAAAGAGUACGUAGACCUUAGAGUAGAAGGUGCAAAGAUGGAUGUUCGUUUAUCUUUAUGUUUACUAGGACAACUUAUAACAAACAAGAAAUUUAACAAAGAAGCCAUGAAAAGAACACUUAAGAGUGUAUGGAAUCUUUCGAACGGGGUUGUAAUCCGAAAUCUAGACUAUGAUAUCUUCAUGUUUCAAUUCUUUCAUUGGAAAGACAUGAAGAAGGUACAAGAUGGCGCGCCAUGGUGCUUUGAUAACCAAUUGUUGGUGCUUAAAGAAGUCGAAAGUGGCAAGCAACCUUGGCAAGUGGAAUUUACACAAUGUUUGUUUUGGUUAAGGAUUUAUGACUUGCCCUUUGAUAGUAACACGGUUGAGGAUGCUAAGGCUGUUGCGAGUAGGGUAGGGGAGGUUGUAGAGGUGAAUGAGAUUGAUGAGGUAGGGUGGGAGACAUCGUUUAGAGUACGAGUUUUGAUGGAUAUUAGGAAGCCUAUAAAGAGAUGGCAGAAGAUAAAGAAUAAGGCAGGACAGGAUGCUUGGGUUGUGUUUAAGUAUGAGAGACUUCCUAUGCUUUGUUUCGAGUGUGGGUUGAUUGGUCAUACUGAUAAGGAUUGUCUGGAGGAUAGGACCAAAGCGAGGAAGGAAGUUUUAGAGCUGAAGGCUCGAGGUCCAUUGGAGUUCAUCCCAUUACCGGAGGCUAUGAUGAAGGACAGAGAGGACAUGGAUAGCUAUAUUGAAGGUACAGAGAAUAUGAUGCAGGCCAAUAUCAGCAAAAUUACUAACCUGACUAAUAUUAAGAGUACAGAGAAUAUGCUGCAGACCAAUAUCAGCACGACUGGUGCAGGCACGAAAAAUAUGCUGCAGAUUAAUAUCCACGCGACUGGUGCAGGUACAGAGAAUAUGAUGCAGACCAAUAUCAGCACAACUGGUGCAGCGAAUAAGCAGGGUGACCAAUGCAUCGAUGAUUUCGAGUUUCUAUUGAUGAAAUCGCAGUGGAACGAUUUAUACUCCUAG